CCAUGGUGACUGAUACCCGGUUAUCCAAUUGGCGCUAUGCCAGGAGUUGCGCAGUUGUGUGCGCCGGAAGCGAUCGUUCCUGAACCGGUGCGUGGUGACAACGCCCGGCGGGGGCAGGCGCCCGCGAAGUUACACCAUCCAGGGAAGUAGUCGGACGGCGGGGUGACAGGCCUCCCCUGGACCCAGUGACAUGGCGGUGUUUCACGACGAAGUGGAGAUCGAGGACUUCCAAUAUGACGAGGACUCGGAGACCUAUUUCUACCCGUGCCCGUGUGGAGAUAACUUCUGUAUCACCAAGGUAACUACGGAGUGCUACUGCGCGCCUCCCCGGAGCAGGCGCGUUUCCGCCCUGUGGUGUUCCUUCCGCCGUUCCGUAGCGGUGCGGCACCGAAUUCCCUCCUCAUCCUGUUUCUGAAUCCCGCCCCACCUCCACCUGUUGACACUCGAGCUGUCAGUAGGCACCUGGUUCUGCCCUGUAGCGGGUACUAGGGAUGGCGGGAGGCGUGGGUGGCUGGCGGGAGCGUCAGCGUCAUCUCAGUCAUCCCGCCUUUGGGUCCCUCUUCCUGGGAUACUAAUGGAGGAAG